ACGAAAGCUUGCUGUGUACGAGCGGCCGCCAGGAGCUUACGAGACCGAAAGCUCAUUUGCAUACGUGGUGGUUUUACGCCCCUAGUGAGAUCUUCUUCGUUCAGCACCUACAUUCAGCGAACUGAAUUUUCAUUAGGUAAGUUUAUUUAUACACCUGCAUUCAGUGAACUGAAUUUUCCUUAGAUUGGAGAUACUCGGGAUUUCACCUGGACCAGCUGAUAAAGGCUUAUCUCGAAGAUGACAGCCCAGGCGGAUCAGAUUAACAGUAAACGCCUCAACUUGGAAAAGGCAACAAACUUCAUGAGGCAAUAUCGCGACCCCCAUUCCCGCGAACUGAAAAAACUUUCGGCGAAUCAGUUCAUGGAGGUGUGGAGCCACUACGACAAAGACGGGAACGGAUACAUAGAGGGAACGGAACUUGAUGGAUUUCUGAGGGAGUUCGUGUCGAGCGCCAACGCCACGGACGUCGGGCCCGAAGCGGUCUCGGAUGACAUGCUCGUCGAGCUCAAGGCGUGCUUCAUGGAGGCGUACGACGACAACCAAGACGGGAAGAUCGAUAUCAGAGAGCUAGCGCAACUGCUCCCGAUGGAGGAAAACUUCUUACUCCUCUUCCGUUUCGACAAUCCUUUAGAAUCUAGCGUGGAGUUUAUGAAGAUUUGGAGAGAGUACGACACGGAUGGCAGCGGCUACAUCGAGGCUGAUGAGCUCAAGAACUUCCUGCGAGACUUGCUGAAAGAAGCGAAGAAGAUAAACGACGUGUCCGAGGACAAGCUCAUUGAAUACACCGACACAAUGCUUCAGGUCUUCGACUCGAAUAAAGACGGUCGCUUGCAGCUCUCCGAAAUGGCUAAGUUGCUUCCAGUCAAAGAAAACUUUCUGUGCAGACAGAUCUUCAAGGAGGGAAUAGAAGGCGCCACGAAGCUCACCAAGGACGACAUCGAACGGGUUUUCGCAUUGUACGACAGGGACAAUAACGGCACCAUAGAAAACGAAGAGCUGCGCGGGUUCUUGAAAGAUCUUCUAGAAUUGGUGAAAAAGGAUUACGACGCUCAAGAUCUUCUCGAUUUCGAGGAAACAAUCCUGCGCGGAGUCGACUACAACCAGGACGGGAAGAUCAACAAGAAAGAACUGACGAUGAUCCUUCUGGCCAUCGCCAAGCACAACCAGGAGGAGGAGACGACCGCAUAGACAUAACAACAAUAAGAUCAUAACGAGAUGCCAAUUUAUCAGUAGCACAACUUUCAGGAGUUAAGAUUAAUUAGGGUCAAAAUUUAAUGUUAGAUUAUUGUGACACCAAUUGUUGUUGAUUUGGUAGCGUGACUACAUGAAUCUCUCAAUUCUGAUAUUUAAUCAUCGUUUUUUAAGAAAAAGAUUUCGCAUCGCUGUGAUUUUUUGAGUAGAUAGAGGGCAACUCGAUAUUUUUGUAACGAACGCAAUAGUUCACACUACCAACUUUGGUUGAUUUCAUUCUGAGGGAAAACAAACACCAAUCCAACUAAGACUUAUACAAGCCCGAACCUAAGCACAAUCUUCAUAUCGCACCUGAAUCAAAUUUUUCGAAAUUGUAUCUAGAAUAGACUUUGCAUGAUCUCUGAGCUUUCGAUUAAUAUUUCGAUCUACUAGUUGCUCUAAAUACGUGUGUAAAAGUUAUUUAAGUCUUUUCAAUGCUACGGCACUGUGUUUCUGAUUGUGAUACCUUUCAUUUCAAUGAAAGACUAGAAGAAUCGAAUUUUGAUUGGUCGUAUCUCGAAGCCUAAUAGUCGCUGCAAUCAAGUCAUAGCUUCGGAUAAUGUUAAUCUUAAAAUUCGUCCAGUUUCGCAUAUCUGUGCCCCUCUAUGUGCAUUAUUGUAUAAGAAAGUAUAUUUUAAUAACAAUAUUUACUUAGAUUCGUUUGUGUAUGUUCCAGGUAUUUUUUUACGUUUGGUUUGUAUAAAGUUGCCAAAGUUUAGAACUAUAGUUGUCUGUCUCAGUGUGAGGACUAUUUCUUGCUUGAUUUGGGUAUUUAUAUUCUGUGUGAUAACGAGUUUUCGAAAAUAUUAAGAAACGGUUCACUAUGUCUUACUAUAUUGUAAAAAAUAAAUGUUCGUUAUUUAA